CGGGGUCCGAUGUAGCGGCCGCGGCUGCUCCCGCGCUCCCGGCAACGGCGGCAGCCCCGGAGCGGGUCCGGGGCCGGGGCCACGGUGCCCCUCAAGCAUUGAAAGUUCUCCCCGGGUGCACCGAGGCAGCGCUCCAAGAGAAGAGUGAGCCAUCCAGCGCUAAUUCCAGGGAUGGAAAAUGGGGCUGAGUUAGAGCUGGGACAGGGAAACGCGAACAGAAGGCCCUGAGUGUGGGAGCCAUGGAGAGGGGACUCAUGGCAGGGGCUGUGCGCAUCGGGAACCAGCUCAUUCUGGAGGAAGAUUACAAUGAUUCCUACGUUCCUGAUGAGCAAGAAAUCCGGAACUUUGCACCAAUAAUCGGGAUUGACCCUGAGAAGGAGUCAGAGCUGCUGUGGCUGGCCAGGGAGUGCCUGGUGGCCCCGUUACCCCCUGACUGGAAGCCCUGCCAAGACACCACUGGUGAUGUGUAUUACUUCAACUUUGCAACGGGCCAGUCCAUGUGGGAGCACCCCUGUGACGAGCAGUACAGGCAGCUGGUGAUCCGGGAGCGGGACAAGCUGCUGGCACAGGGCGGCCUGAGGAAGGAGAAGAAAGAGAAGAAGCAGAAGAAAGAAAAGAAAGAGAAGAAGGAGAAGAAGGACAAGAAGGAGAAGCAGUCGCUGAAGCAAUCCCCUCCCGUGGGCCCCCACCUGGCCCCCAUCCAGCUGCCCCUGGGGACCCUCUCUCCUCUCCGUGGCCUCGCUCCGUCUCAGCCCGUUGUCCUCCGUGGGUCACCGAGCGUGGGCAGCGUGGGGGACUCCGACCUGACCACCAAGGAAGGCACACAGCUUGCAGGGAUCUGUAAGCCCACCAGGCACACCAGGAACCUGCUGGGCUUGCUCUGCGACGACGAGAAGAUCUCCUUGGACACGACGGCUCUGGAGAAAUGGAGAAAUGAGGAGGACGACAGUGAAAAUGAGAGUUUCCGUGGGACAUCAGGACUGUUAAAAAACCUGUACUUGGAUGUCGACGCCCUGGGAGGCAGCUUUGACUUUGAGGAGAACAGCGAGGCAGAGCAGGAGAACCCCAGCAGCCCCCUGGCUGAUGGUGCUGAUCCCCCUGGAGCUGCUCCCCAGCACCCCGGGAGUCCUGUGGAGGAUGCUGGCAGCCUGGGAGAGAAGGAAUCUUUAAAAUCAAGACAUGCCGAAGAAGUGCAAGAGUCUUCCUUGGAUUCUGAUGCUGCGUGCCCUCCAUCUCCAGUUCAAAUCCUUCCUGGAGAUGCUGACAGCAGCCUGUCUGGCCAGAACAAGGAGGACUCUGGUGGGGAACUUGCUGGGGAUGAGGUACUGGACAAAGAUGAUGUUGAGGUGGAAGGUGACGUCCCUGCAGCUGAGGAGCUGCCCCAGUCUGUGGGGGAAAGGAGCACAGCAGGGAUGGAUGUGGAUGUGCCCAGUGGUCCUGGACAGCCUGGAGCUGCUCCUGCAGCUGCGGAAGGUGCCGAGGCAGAUCAGCUGGGGAGCCUGGCUGCCACUGCUGACACCGUGUCCUGUGGAGAAAACAUGGUGGAUGAAGUGAGGGAAGAAGCAGCAGCUGAUCCAAAAACAGAGAGCAGGCUGGAUGCUGGUGAACAUUCAAAGGAAUCAGAGAUCAGCGGGGAGGACCUGCAUGUCUCCAACGGCUCCAACAGGGAACUGGCUCAGCCUGUGGUGCUGGGCUUCCAGAGCCAGCUUCCUGAGGAAGUACUGGAUGCAGGGGCUCUGUCUCCUGUCUUAGACAGCCCCGUGUGCAAGGCCCAGGAGCUGGGAGAAGAGGAAAAAGACCAAAGCAAAGCCAGUAUAGAGGAAGAGCAAAGCAAAAGAACAAAAGCUCCUGAGAGGCAACCUGAGGAGGAAAUCAAGCACCAGCAAUCCUUGAACCAGCCUACAGAAGAAUCCCUGGAGGAAAUAGUCAAAAAUGUGGAGACAGAGCUUGAGCAAGAGGAAAUUCAUUUAUUUCAAGCAAAGGAGGAGAAAAUUCAGCAAUUCCAGGAGGAGACAAGGCAGGAGGAGGAGGAAGCAGAGAAGCUUGAUCAGCAAAAAGAAAAAUCCCUCAGGGCUCCAGAAGAAGAUUUGGCAAAGGUUUCUGAGGAGGAAGAGUUGCGUGUCAGAGAGGAAGGAGCUGAGAGACUGGUGAAGCUGAGAGCCAAGAUCGCCUCAGAGACCGAGGCAGAGGAGGAGAGGAUGAGGGCAGAGCAGGAGGCCACGCUGCAGAAACUAAGGGAAGAGUGGGAAUCCCAGCAGCUGAUGGAGAAGGAGAGCCUGGAGAGGAAGCAGCAGCUUGCCUUGGAGGAAAUGAAGCUGGAAAUGGAGGAAGCCCAGCAGAAAGAGAUCAGGGAGCUGGAACGAGAGAAGGAACAGUUCCUGAGCGAGGUCAGGGAGAGGUUAGACAGGGAGAAGAAGAAGGCAGUAGAGGAGCUGGAGGAGCAGUUUGCAGGUGAACUCCAGCAGCUGAAGUCUGCAGCAGAAGAGAAGCAUCAUGAGGUCAUUUCCAGCCUGCAAACCCGGCUGGCAGAGGCACGGAGCAGCCAGGAGGCUCAGCUGCGUGAAGACCUGCAGAGAGCGGAUCAGAAAGUGCAGCAAAAAGCCUUCCAAGUGAAGGAGUACGAGCGGGAGCUCAGCGAGCUCAUGGGCGAGAAACGGCAGGAGGUGGAAAGAGACCACGAGAGGAGGAUGGAGAGGAUGAGACAGGAGCACCGGGAGGCCUUAGCCCGGAUUAAGGAGCAGUUUGAGGAGGAGGAGCGCAGGCGGAGGUCAGAGCUGCUGGAGAGGGUGCAGAGCGAGACCCUGCAGCUCUGGCAGUCCCACAACGCCCAGGUGAAGGCUCUGCAGGAGGAGCUGGAGGGGAGGCUCACUGACCUGAAGCACAGGCACAGGGAGAAGGAAAGAAAAAUCCAGGAUGCGGAGAACGAGCUUGAAAUACGUGCAAAGAGCCUCCAGGCCAGAUCAGAGCAGCUCCUCAGCCAGGAGGAGGACCUGCGAAGGAAAAGGCAGCAGCUGCUGGAUGAGGACAGGAGGACACAGCUGGAAAGGGAUGAAGCUGCUUUGACCUCUCAGCUGCGCCUGGAGGAGAGCAGGAGGGAGCACGGCAGCCUCCUCGAGUCCGUCCGGCAGCUCAGGAAGUCUCUGCAGGAGCUGCAGGACCAGAAGGCUGAGCUGGAGGCCCAGGUGGACCUGCUGCAGACCCGGAGCCAGAGGCUGCAGAAGCGCAUCGGUGAGCUGGAGGAAGCAGUCAGGAGCAAGCAGGACACUCUGAAAGAACUGGAGGCAGAAGAGAGUGUGGAGUCUCCAAGAAAGCAAGCUGAGCUCCGGAUUGAAGACCUGAGGGAAAGUACUCAAGCUCACUCAUCCAGAGAAACUGCUUCCCCAGCCUCUCAGAGCCACGAGGAGAGCGACUUCCAGUGUGAUCCUGUCCGGAGCUACAUCUCUGCAGAAGGGGCCUCCCUCCGGAAUGCCAAGGAAUUCCUGCUGCACCAGACCCGCUCCAUGAGGAAGAGGCACUCGGCGCUGAAGGCUGCGAGGGUGCAGUGGCGCCAGGACCUGCAGAAGGCCCAGGAGGCACUGCAGGAUCCCCACAGCUCCCAGCUCCUGGAGGGCAUGCGCCAGAACCUGGAGGAGGAGGCAAAGCACUUGGACAAGAUGAAGUCGGCCAUGCAGAAAGGGCAGGUGCUGCUGCAGAAGAAGGAGGAGAAGCUCAGCCAGCUGGAGUCUUCACUGCUGGAGGAGCUCUCAGAUGAGGAUACACUGAAGAGUGCUGCAUGCAAGAAGGUGGUGACUUUUGAUCUGAGCGACUCAGAGGACACAGAGAGCGCAUCCAUUGGAGAACUGUGUCAGCCUAAAUUUGAUUUGAGGACGGAUUUAUGGCCUGUCCCCCAGCUGGACAAGAUCCAGCGCUUGAGGGACUCUCUGCAGUGUAUCACCAGCGAGCUGAAUGGGGUCCUGGGGGUCCUGGACUCCCUGAGCCAUCACCACACUCCUCUCUUCGCCUCAACAGCCCGUGAUGGCAUCCCUCUGUCCACAUAUUCCUCCCUGGCAGGCCUGCAGGCAGGCAGCUCCCUGGGGGAUAUUUCCAGGGUGUCUCCCACCGACAGGUGGGCCUGGAACAGUGGGAUGAACUCUGGUGUCUCCAUCUCAGGGCGGUCAGUGGACAACAUGCUGGCAGAGAAAUGGCACAGGUAUUUCCCAGAUGGGAUCCCAUUGCUCAGUGGGAACCGCAAGCCUCAGGACAACAAGCUGGGAUACAUACCUGCAGAUGAACAAAUCCGGCAGUUCCAGCAUUCCAGGUUCCGUGAGCCGGGGAAGAUGAACAUCGAAGGAAUGAUCGAGAGCAACAAGAAGUGGCUGAAAAGCUUCAGGAAGGACUCAAAAGCACCUCUCUCCCCACGUGCACAGAAGCCCCCGACCAGCAGCGCCAGCCCCAGCCUCGUCCAGCUGGGCAUGGAUGAAAACAGGCAAAUUAAGAUGCCGAGCCACUUGCCAUUUUGCCUGGUGAGGACGCCUGCACUUCAAGGGAUCCCAUCUGUGAAAAAUGAUCUUCAAAGCCAUUUCUCCUGAGAUGCCCCUCACCCCCCGUGCUGUGUGUGCUCCUUGGGUGGGUGAUGAUGCACAGCCCCCUCCUGCUCUGCUCCUGGGUGGUGUGUGCUGGCACACGCCGUGAGCAUGGCAGGGGGAUGUUUACAUGCAAAUAGAAAUAUAUUUUUGAUGAACAUAAUUUUAAAACUCUUAA